GCAGGAAAUACCCAAAAACUAUACUUAAAUUAAAAUCAUAAGAUUGACGUUGCUAUAGUUUGGCCCAGAACUGGACAUUUCUAACAUAGACAGGGAGAAAUAUAAUGUCGCACCCAAAAGAAAAGGAAGAGUUUUCUUUGUUGAUCCUGACUGAAAAGUUGUUUUUGCCAGACUUUAUAAUAAUUACAUUAUUAUAAAUUAUUAAAACCUUAGACCAAUUAUGUCUUUCAAUGCUUAGGUGUCCAAUGUUACUUUUUAUCUUUUUCAAAAGUUAAUUAAUAAAAUCCCCAUCCUGAAAUGCAGUGCCUCUGAAGCCCUGUUACACUUUCAGUAUUCGACGAAAUUUAAUAAUACUUAUUCAUAAAUAUCUCGCAAUGUGUACGUCCAUAUAUGUGCUUCUCUAAAUCUGCGCCUGUUUCAAAUGUUUUAAUAACAGACUUGCUAAACUCAGGAAAUAACAGUAUAUUUUGACUUAAGCAGCUGUAUCUUGUCUGCAGCUGAAGCAGCCGUAGUCUCAUUUACGCGGAGUUUGGGAGUUCGUUAGUAUUUUGUCUUGGCUGCUUUAAUUUAUGGAUGUAUUAUAAAGUUCGCCAGCGUCUUGCCUAUACGUUACGUAAAAGGCUUCAAAAACUGUAUACGCCUACCGUAUAUAUAGAAUUUCGAGACGAGCGAUAUUAGGGUACGUAUAAAGUUUUACCCUUAUUAGUCUUCAGAAAGUAAUUAGGCACGAUUUCUUUGUUGGUGCUAUAUUGAGUUAGAGCUCAUUAUGUUAUCAUAAUUAUUUACUGGCUGAGUACUUAGUUUUAGGCAGUCGACUCUAAUUCGUAAUUUUUUGCGAAACCAGCAAAUGUCAUUCCAAUCAAAUAUAGUGGUUUUUUUUAAAAGUUUAACGAGAAGAAUCUAUUUUUUUCCUUUAAAUAAAAGGUACCUAAGUUCAGUCAAAAAGUUUGGAGUGUUACAUCAACCAGGAUAAAAUUCUCCGCAAGCGAAGUUUGAACUAUUGCUUGUAUCAGAAUACAUAAAAUUACAUUUUUAUGCAUCAUAAAUUUAAUUCAAAGUAAAACAUAUUAUUUGCAAUAACAUUCGCAUCAAUACUAUGCAAUAAAAGAAAUAUUAUUUCCUACCUCGCAAACAUUUACCGUUAAAAAAGUAUAUCGUGUUCGAUAUUGUGGUAAAAUAUGAUGUAUAAAUGGCUGUUGUUUAUACUUUUACUUAGUUUUUCUUGUACAAAUGGAAAAAUAUCUUAUAAUACAUUACGAUCGGCGGUAUUUAGUAGAGCAACCGUACAUACACCAGAAGUUAUCAACAAAAUAUGUCUCCUGAUACCGGACGAAGGGCCGUGUCGCGCCGAAAUACAGAUGUACUACUUCACGCCGGAGACAAUGAACUGCAGUACUUUCCGCUGGGGGGGCUGCCAGGGCAAUGGCAACCGGUUUGACACCCUCGGCCAAUGUUUGACUACCUGCUUAAGCCAGCCUGGGCAACAGAAGGGCCGCCCAACCUACUGUAGCCUGAGCUUUGACUACGGCUUCUGUUUUGGUGCAGACAAGAGAUGGUAUUAUGACGAAAAAUGGCGCGUCUGUAGAGAAACCAUUUACUCCGGCUGUGGCGGAAACAAGAACAACUUCUACAGCCAAGAAGGAUGCGAAUCAAUCUGCCGGUUUGGUAAUGGUCCACCAGCACAAGAAGAAGGAAAUGAUGGCAAAUUAAAGAAGGUAUUGAUUAUAAACCCGUUCGAUCGAACCACUGCACGAAGCAAAGAUCAACUUGGCUAA